AUGGCAAUGCCGGCAACCGCGGCUGUCUCCCCUCCCCUUUGUCUUCCUUUCUCUUCUUCUCUCUCUCCCUCCACCUGCAAUUCCAUUCUCCAUUCCCAUUCUACGGAUUCUGUUCGAUCCCGAAGCCAUCACUACAAACUUUCUUCUUCUUUCCAGCUGAAGCGGAUCCAACCCGAGUCCCUCGCCUUCGCGCUCGAGCAGUCCGCGGAGAAGGGAUCUCUCCGAGAAGGAUUGCAAAUUCAUGCUCGCCUCCUUCGCCUCGGCCUGCUCACCUGCGAUGACGCCAACCACCUCUUCCACCACCUCCUCCUCCUCCUCUACUCCUUUGCUGGGCGGCCUGACUCCGCCGCUGCGGUCCUCCGCCUUAUCCCUUCCCAUAUACUCACAACUUUCUUUUUUAACACGGUCAUCCGCGACCUCGCAGCUUCCUUCCCGGAGCUUGCGGUUGACCUCUUUAUCAACAUGCUCGUCGCGGGCCUAUGUCCCAACGAGUUCACUUACCCAUUCGUCCUACGCUCCUCAUCUCUACUCGGCCGUCUCUUUCUCGGACGGCAGCUCCACGCUCACGUACUGAAAUAUGGUCUUCAGCAUCACAAUGUCUUCUGCGCCACCGCACUUCUUGAUCUGUACGCUAAACUGGCUCCUCUAUCAGAUGCGCGCAAAUUGUUUGAUAGAAUUCCCAACAGAAAUGAGGCUACUUGGAAUUCAAUGAUUGCAGCGCUUGUGGAAAACGGGUUGCUGGAGAGCGGAUUGGAAAUGUUGGAGAUGAUUGAAGACGAUGGGUUCCAGGUUGGUGUUAGCAGCUGGAAUUCAUUUCUUGCUGGCUGUGUUCGCUCAGGGAACGUCGAGCUUGCUUGGGAGAUUCUUGUAGAGAUGGUUUCUAGAUCAGCAAUGAGUAUGAAUGCAGCCACAUUUAACACCCUUCUUCCU